AUGGCAUCAUCCAACACAUCUGACAUCAAAGAGAGGGGAAUGUUGGAUCUUGGGUCAAGCUCCACCGCUGCUGAGGUGGCUGGCGUCUAUGUGGCCGCGGACCUGCUGGCGGAGGAUCCCCCGGAUUCUCCGGUUAUGAUCCUCUGCGACUCGCGAACGGCGUUCCUGGCUCUUCGUCGACAGGAGACCGCUGGCCUUGGCGUUGCCCUGCUAGCGGAAAAGCUCCGCGCCCUUGUUUCAAGUAGCUUGAAGCUGUCGCUGCAGUGGCUCCCCUCACACGUUGGCGUCCAGGGCAACGAGGAGGCUGACGCCCUGGCAAAGGCAGUACACCAUGCCACUGUACCAGUCAGCACCGCUGUAACUGCCUUCGACUAUGCAAGGCACAUGUUGCAGCGGCGCCUCACGGCGCUCCACCAGGAUCGGCGCGUCGCCAGCUGUCGCCCUCCCCGUCCACUUCCUGAUCGCGGCCUCACAACGCAGGAGCGGUCUCUCCUGCUGCGCCUCAGGAUCGGCUGCUCCUGGACGGCUUCCCGGAGGUACAGCAAAGGCCUGGCUUCAUCUCCGGCCUGCUCAGCGUGCGGAGAGGAGGAAACAAUCGACCAUCUACUUUGUUUCUGCCCCACCUUCGAUUGGCGCUGA